CUUCGACACGCGUUGUCAAAUUCACACGGUAUUGUAAACAAAGACCGGUGAUGUUGUUGUUUUCAGCAGAUGGUUAACUCAUGUAUUUCUACAUGCAUGUACCAAAGCCAAUCCCAUACUUCUUGAAUGCAGUGGACAGUCAUCAUCAAUUAAAAUAAUCUCCAUUGACUGGUUCAUAAAUAAUCCAAAGACGAUAAAUGAUGGGUCUGUAUUGGAGUAUUCCUGUAGAUGUGCCGUCCACCAUCUUGAUAAGCAUAACUGUAUUUUUAAUCCUGAGGUGGUAUAUGCGAUGCCCUGUUGCCUUGCCUCCUGGACCACGCUCAUGGCCAGUUGUCGGUAGUCUUCCUACUAUACUCUCUCUCAGAAACACAGGAGCGCCACAUCAAAUAUUUCAAAGGUUAUCGGAGAAACAUGGACCAGUAUUAAUGGUCAACUUAGUUGCUGGCAAUAGGGUUGUUGUCCUACAUGGAUAUGAUGUGAUUCGUGAUGCACUCAACCAUCCAGACUUAAAUGGUCGCCCAUCACUGUCAGUAUUUGAACAGGUGCUGCAGGGAGGCAUAGGAGCCGUAGGGGCCUCUGGGGAGCUCUGGAAGGCCCAGAGGAAAUUAACUCUCAACUUCAUGAGAGACUUUGGAGUUGGAAAACCAGUCUUUGAAGACCGGAUUACCACCGAGGCAGGAUUCAUGUUAGACGAGGUUAGAUCUUACAACGGCAGACCAUUCAAUCCUUCUCAGAUCUUAUCCAGUGGAAUUUCUAACGUGAUUUGCUCUGUAGUGUUUGGAUCACGCUACGACUACACAGAUUCCAUAUUCAUUGAGCUUCAAAGAGCUAUCUACAGGAACACUGAACUGAUGGGAGGAGCAACGGGUGCAAUACUCUUCAUGCCUUACUCACACCUAUUAGCUUCAUUCCUCCCUAUGGUUAAAGAAUGUCUGGAUAACACCCGACACGUCAAUGAUUUCAGCAGGAAUGUUCUGGAAGAACAUCGCAAGACCUUCAACCCAGAGACUAUUCGUGACUUCAUGGAUGUGAUCUUGGAGGAGGAGAGGAGAGCCGAUGAUUCUACAGUGACCGUCAAUGAUCUCCUUGGCACCACGGCGGAUUUAUUCUCCGCUGGUUCGGAGACUUCUUCUACCACGCUACGAUGGGCUCUUCUAUACAUGAUAGCAUUUCCAGAGAUUCAAAGGAAGAUACAGGGCGAGAUUGAUAGAGAAGUUGGUCGUGAUCGCCUUCCCCGUCUCUCCGACCGAGCGAAGCUUCCUUACACAGAAGCAACGCUGUAUGAGAUUCAACGCAUCAGCAAUAUCAUCCCAUUAGGUGUGCCGCAUGAGGCGUCAAGCGUUGUGACUUUUAGAGGGUAUAAUAUCCCAAAAGGAACCAUCAUUUUGCCAAACUUAUGGGCGCUUGGGAUGGAUCAAGAGCUGUGGCCAGAACCUGACAAGUUUAUCCCUGAAAGAUUCUUUGAUGAAACUGAUCAGAGCGUGAAGAAGUCUGAAAAGUUAAUACCUUAUGGGACAGGAAGACGUGCAUGCCUAGGAGAACAACUUGCCAAGAUGGAGCUCUUCCUUUUCUUUACUCAUUUUCUUCAUGGAUUCAACCUCAGUAAGCCUGAAGGAGCCCCGCCCAUCUCAUUCCAGGGUGUUGGAGGCAUCAGUUUAUCCCCUCUGCCAUUUGAAAUCUGUGCCAAUCGGAGGAAAUAAACUUAGAGUAAAUUUAAAGACAGUGGACACUAUUGGUAAUUGUCAAAGACCAGUCUUCUCAUUUGGUGUAUCUCAUCAUAUGC